AUGAUCCAGGAGCGCUUAGAGGCCACUGACAAUGUCCAAGGACCAAAAGCUGCUUUAGAAAACAGACUGAGAGAGACAGAGGUUAUCUUAGCAGAGGAGCCUGAAGGGCAUCUCCGACUGGACAGGGUGCUGGUGAAGGCAGAAUCUCUUCUACGAGACAAAAAUGACGAUGAGAAACAUGAAAUUCAUGCAGCAGUGAAACAUAUUAAAACCCUGUGGGAGGAUACACAAAUCAAUAUGGUCCAUUGUCACAGUCGGAUUGAAUGGAUUCUGCUGCAUUGGUCUGAAUAUUUGAAGGCGAGGGAAGAUUAUUUUCUUUGGUUGAUGACUAUGAAACAAAGGCUGGAGUCAGAUCUUGAAUUGCAGCUUGGUCUUAAGGAGAAGAAAUUGCAAUUAAGCCAUCACACAAUCCUACUCAGUAACAUUUUGAACCAGGCUGCCCUGCUUGAGCGACUCAUACAGGAAUCUGGGUCCUUAUUUGCAAAGACUGAAGAUGAGACAGUCAAUGAGGCAGCGCAGCAGAUAUUAAAAGCUAAUCAUGAAGCACUUGAGAUCAAAGCAAAGGAAAAGGUGAAGAUCUUGGAAGCAAUUGUACAAGAGCAUCAAGAAUAUGCAGACAGGCGGGAGGAAUUCCAGAACUGGCUGCAUUGCAUGAAGGAAAAAAUUAAUAAAUGCAACACAUGCACAGACAAAAAGAAUCCGAUGGAGAGAUCAUUUAGAGAGCUGAAGGAACUGAGUGAUGAGGUCAGCAGGAAAAAGGGAGAGCUGGACAAUCUGCAGGUUCAGGCCACGACUGUAAUCCUCAGUACAUCUCCUCUAGGUGCUGAGCACAUCACCAAAGACCUGGAGACGCUGAGAGCAAACUGGAAUAAUCUGAGGCUGAGCUGCCAGCAAGAUCAGGUGCCACUGGAGAUUGGAUUUCAUUCUAUGCUGGAAUCCAAGUCAAGGGCUGAGCAGCUGGAGAGAGAAGUUGCCGAGUUAGUGGACUGGCUGCAGAGCUUAGAUUUGCAGCCUCCAGAUGAUGACGCGAUGGAAACUGUGUGGUGCAAAUGUCUUCUCACCAGGUCUUCAAUUUUAGCAGAAGAGCCAAGAAUGGAAGAGCUUCAGCUUAAAUUGAAAGAAUUUUGCAGAUCCUCUCAGAGUGAAGAAGAACUUUCUAACAAAGUCCUGAGUGUAAUUCGAGAGUAUAAAAGGGUAAAAGGGCAGAUUGUGAAGAGAUGCAGCCAGCUCGGAGCGAGACUGCGAUGUGACUUUCAGGAAUUCCUGCGAGAGUUUCAGCAAUGGAGGAACGGUAUUAUCAACCUGCUACAUUUGCCUCUGGACACUGAGGAUGGGGCUUUGACCAGGACUUAUCUGCAGAACAUUGAGGAUCAUCUGGCUCAUAGCAACCAAUUGAAAAUCCAACUUGACAGAUUUCAGGGACUGGAGGGAAUGUUGGGCAGUGUCUACAGUGAAGAGCAGACUGCAAUGUUUGAGUCUGAACUCCAAGAGGCAGUACAGCAACGAAUAUUCCUUACUGAUGGCCUUUUACAGAGAAGGAGAGAAUUGCAGAUGAAUGGUCGAGAUCCCAGUGCUUGCAAGCUGUUAUUGAAGAAGUUUGAAGAGUGGCUCAAAACUGAAGAUCGGAGAUUGUUGAGCAUUCUAGCUGCCAAACGUCCUAGGAGUAGCAGAGAGAGAAAAAACAGAAAACAAGGCCUGAAGGUGCUGCAAUCUCGUGUCCCUCAGGGCCAGAAAAUUUUUGAAGAGCUCUUCAGUGCUGAGUUUCCUGGUGCGAAUGAAGAAGAGAAACAGCUGGAAGAUUUGCGAUACCGAUGGAUGUUGUAUAAAUCAAAAUUGAAGGAGGCUCAAGAACUUUCGGUUCAAGGCUCAGAUGAGGUUGUUGAAUUCAGAAAGCAGACAUCAGGAGGGAUCUGCACCAGAUACAAAACGUUUCAAGAAUUGAUGGAUCUGGUUAAGGAAUAUUCUGACCCCCAAGCCGCCUCUAAGUCUGAGAUGCUAUUAAGUUUACUUGAUAGCUCAAGAACCAGGGAAAUCUUCACUGUGAUUUUUGAUGAAGCUAAGAUGUCUGGCAGAGGCAUGUGA